AUCACAGGAAGUUGGCAAUUACGGUGGAAAAAUAAUUUAAAACAUCAAAAUUUAUCGUUACUUGUAAAAUGGGAAGAAAAAUUUGGAAUAAGCAGUGAUGCGUCAUCAUUUUGCGACGGGACGUGUAAGCUGCUAGGUAGCUACAGAAAUGAUGGACCAAAAAUUGAACAUGGAGGGCCUUGAAAUGCGUCUUCAGGCACUGGAGAACCGAAUGUACGGCGACAGGAAAAAUAAAAGCGGAAAACCUAUCAAGUGUGCAGAAUCUUUGGCUAGGAUUCAAGCAGGUCUGACCAACACAGCCAACAAGCGAGAACGAGUCAAGAUCCUGCACAAGAAAAUUGAGGACCUGAUGAAGUAUCUGGACCCGCAGUUUACCGACCACAUGACUUUACCUGAUGCCAUGAAGCUGGAGUUCAUUCUUGCUGAGGAAGAGUUCUUGCUUUCUCAAGCUGCUCUGUUGGAGCAGGUCAACACGCUGCAGCCACUGUUGGACAGCACCUAUAUCAGAGAUGUACCUGAACAUGCAACAAAGCUGCAGCGACUGUCUCAGAUUCACGUAAAACAACAGGACCAAACUGAGACUCAGUCGCUGGAGGUGAAGAAGCUGUUUGAGGAGUACAACAAAACGAUGUUCCUGCUGUCCAAGCAGUUCACCCAGUGGGAUGAGACCUUGAGGAAAAUGGAGGAGGCCAAGGGAAUCCGACCUGUGGAGUAGUUCCUCAGAACUGUCACUUACAGUCGGGGUGAUGAUAAAGAAACCUGCACUAUGAUGGAAGCCCUUGAUCCCACGUGUUACAUUAUGUAGCUUAUUUUACCACAGUAAGUCAGAAAAAAGACAUAAAGCAUCAACUGCAUUUGAAAUAUUCAAUUUUUGAAUUAUUUUGUAAAAGUUUAAAUAGAUAAAAAGUUGCAUUUUCCCGUUUACUAAGAAUUAUAACAGAUGAACAUAAAAAUCAACUUUCUUCUGUUGUUGUUAAAUAUUUAUGGCUGUGGUGUUGCCCUAUCAUUAACUCCUGUGAACCUUGUAUUGCAGAAGUUUUUGAAAAAAUACAAUAACUUAGAAUAAAUGAAUCCUUGUUAAUUGUUUUUUUUCUCCAUAUGAUUUGCCUCUUAAUUUUGAGAAACUGUUCGUAACUAUUGCCAGGCAAUGAAGUAUUUUAAGCCUCUGUAUCAACAUUAAAUGUAAUUGUAAAUCGGA